CUGCACUCCAAUUCUGACAAAGGUGAUGGAUCAGUCAAAUACAUUCUUACUGGAGAAGGGGCGGGGACUAUAUUUAUUAUUGAUGACACGACUGGAGACAUCCAUUCAACCAAAAGCCUAGAUCGAGAGCAGAAGACACACUAUGUGCUUCAUGCCCAAGCUAUUGAUAGACGGACAAAUAAGCCACUCGAGCCUGAAUCUGAAUUUAUUAUCAAAGUGCAGGAUAUCAACGACAAUGCACCAAAAUUUACAGAUGGACCAUACAUUGUUACUGUGCCAGAGAUGUCUGAAAUGGGUACAUCUGUUCUACAGGUGACAGCCACAGAUGCAGAUGACCCUACAUAUGGAAACAGCGCCAGAGUAGUGUACAGUAUUCUUCAGGGACAGCCAUAUUUCUCUGUUGACCCUAAAACAG